AUGUUGCAGUGCGUCAACGACAAAAAUACAUCAUUAAGGUACGCGGUUACACGCUACGAUUUGUUGUGUACGAUUCGUAUCCUGCGCUGUGUAUGAACAUUAUUACUGUCGCCACAAAUCCGCUGCAUUUACUGUUUAUUGCGAGAUUUGAAACGAACCAUUUUAUGCACGCUUAUUCGAUUACAUAAGUACACCAGAGUACGAAUCAGACACGACGUUUUAUACAAUUAUGGUAUAACCUCGACAAUCUGUCACUUACCACAACGACAUGCAGGCUUUUAUUAGCAAUCCAGCUACGCAUUUAUACUGCAACUGCAACCUGGCUUGGACAGGCUUCUGCUUCACUUCAUUAAAUUAGAGUUACCUCUAGGUCUCUAACCUUGAGAUUGGUUUCUAUUUUUUAUGCUACAGUUGGUGAUCGCAUUAUCGGUCGUUGGACAAACAACAAAUAUCUCUCUGGUAAAAUUGCAUCUAUUUCCGAAGAAGAUAUUUCCAUCUUGUUUGACGAUGGUACAACGAUCACACAUCCUCUAAAUCACGUUACCGCUGUGUUUGCCGAUACAGUUCCAGUCUCCGUAAAUUAUAAGGACCACGUGGUUGCGGCAUGGCAAGGAAGUUACAAACAGUACAUCGGGUACGUGAUAGAAGUGAGCGAGUCUCAAGGCUUCAAAGUUCGUUUUGAAGACAAUGACGGAGCCUGGUACCAGAAAAAUCAACUUAGAAUCUUUUCAAACGCUGCAACGGUCUACGAUGGUUAG